UUGAGAGCCUUCUAUAAGGACUCAUCAUUAAUUUUUGUUUGAUGAAGUAUAUUUCUAAGCAGGAAACAUUUUUAAAGAUACCUUAAUUCAAACUUUUCAAAUGAAUAAAACACUGAAAUUUAAUCGGCGAGUUAAAGUGUUCAUUUUGAUCGGUUUACUUGUAGUGCUGGUUAUCAAAUCCUGUCGAUAUAGGCUAAAUUAUACGCAGAGAAAUAUGAAAAAUAAUGUAAAUUUGGCCCACUUAAAUACGUUGUAUUCUGAUCUCGAGUAUCUUGUUGAUUCUCCAAACUGCAAAAUCCCGAAUUUGAAUCCUUUCGAUGAAUCUAUCUCCAAGUUCCUGAAGUCAGGAGACCACACCAAAUGUUCCUCCCGACCGCCUCUGACAGAAGUACGUUACAGUCCCACAACAGGACAACACAUGCUGGAGAUCAACUUAGCUGCGGUACAUUUCUACUCUGAUGGCAGAGAACUCUUGUGCUGCGUAUCCAUGAUACAGCCACACGGCGUCAACAUCAAAGUCACGGAAUGUAAAUUUUUCAACGGGAGCUGGGCUCUGACACGUGACCACCAGUUCCUCUUCGUCCGCUGCUCGGACCUCGGACAACCUCCGGUGUAUGAAAACGUACACGCAACACCAGUGAGAAUACGGAAGACGAAGAAAUAUUCAAUGUUGUCUGAGGAUAACGUGAACGUCCUCUUAUUGGGGUUUGACUCCAUGUCACGUCUAAACCUUUACAGAACCAUGCCGAAGACAGUGAACUAUCUCCACGCACAAGGUUGGACAGAGAUGGUGGGUUACAACAAAGUUGGAGAUAACACCUUACCCAACCUAAUGUCACUUCUGACAGGCCUUCCUCUACCUCGUACUCAAGCUGCCUAUUUGAAUUAUUUUGAUAAAUUUCCUUUCGUAUGGAAAGACUUUUCUUCAGCAGGAUACGUCACAGCCUAUGCAGAAGAUAAGCCUUAUCUGGAGACAUUUUACGGCGAUCUUCCAGGAUUUAAGAAUGCACCGACAGACUAUUACACUAGAAGCUUCUUUCUGUUUGGUGAAAAAUACUUUGCCAACAACGAUACAGGUACAGAGUGUCUUGGAUUCAAAUCUCCCUCGGAACACAUGUUUAAUUACUUAAUCGACUUUGUCACAGUUAACAAGGACGAUCCGUUUUUUGGUUUCUUCUGGAUAAACCAGUUCAGUCAUAACGAUUUAAAUAAACCAGCUUCUGAGGAUGAGAACACCCUAAAAUUAUUACAGCAGUUAAAUUCUCAGGGCAUAUUGGGUAACACGAUUGUGAUAUUUCUGAGUGACCACGGCCUCCGCGUGGAUGAUCUACGAAAAACAAAAGUCGGGUGGUAUGAGGAUCGCCUACCAUUUUUGUUCAUAGCUCUUCCAAAAUGGUAUAAGGCUAGAUAUGAACUGCGAUAUCGGAACCUUCAAGAGAAUGUGAAGAAGUUAGUUUCACCCUACGACUUAUAUUCGACGAUCUACCACAUCUUACAAAAAGACACAUGGCGAACGCCCUCAGGCUGCAAAACCUGCAAGAGCUUGUUUACCCCAGUAUCUUCUACCAGGACUUGUGCAGAAGCAGGCAUUUCUCCCCACUGGUGUUCCUGUCACCCCAUAAACGAAGUCUCUGAUAUAUUAUUCGCCUCUUUUUUGGCCGACCUGGUCGUGGAGACGAUCAACGCCAAGUUGUUGGAUUACAAACGCAUUGUCGAAAAUUUUAAAUGUAACAGAACUGUAAAUUUUAGUUGUGCGACUUUGGCAAAUUCAAAGAUAUUGUACUUAUGGCAGAAAGCAAAGCCAUCGGAUGUUGAAUAUAUAGUCGGCGUUGAAACUCAACCCGGUGGGGCGCAGUUUGAGGGAACUAUUAUCGGGACCAGAAACGACAUUUUGGUUGACAAUGCAAUGAGUAGACUGAAUCAUUUUCACAACCUGAGUCAUUGUGCUUUGUUCCCUGAGUCAAAGAAGUACUGUUUCUGUAUCGACAAUGGACCGAGCCUCUUUAACUAGGUAAAUUGAAUUAAAUUGGCAAAACACAAUACUGUUUUCUGCUUUCCAAUAUACAUGUUUCGUGUAUGAACAAACUCUGAUAUAAGCAUAGUAUCAUAAUAGAAUAAUAAAUUAGUUUUUAUAUUCCAUCUUAUUUUAAAUUUCAUAAAAUUUCUUUGGACACUCAGUUUACACUAAGAAAAAAAUUGUAUCUUUAACUGUAUUUAAACUAAUUAAUUAUAAAAAUUUCCGACACAGAAGUUUAAUUUGUCAAAAAGAAAAGAAAUAUUUGACACGAAAUGGAAUAAAACAGCAACUUUGUAAUGGUUAGAAAAUAAGUAAACCUAAUACUCUAUAUAGCCCUAGGGCUCAAGAAAGAUUUCAAGUAUACAACCUGAUUUAUUUUAAAACCGAUAGAACAUUUUUUUCUAAGAAUGAAAUCAAUCAUCAGCCACGCUAAUUAGGUAGUGGGCGAGAUGUAAGGAUAUCAAAAGGAUUAAAAAUAUGAAACGGUAA